AUGAGAGCUGAACAGCUACAGGCAGAAAGGGUGCGGGAGAAUGCCGCCAAUUGCGAGCAGCUGAAGUCAGAGCUUGAAAGGAUUCAACAGCGACAGCGUGAGCUCGACAUGCAGAAGGGGGCUAGGCCCAAAGAGCGGGUGGUGACCGGCUCAAGGCCAGAGUCACGCAUGGAGGGGGGAAGCAAGGAUGUGAUGAGGCUGCACGACAAGAUGAGCUGCAUUCUCGAGGAAUUGCGAAUUCAAAUGGAUCCGGCCGUUCUUACGGUGUGCACCGUCCCUUACAACAUGAAAGCGGAUCAACAUGCAAUGGAGAUGAACACAAAGGUGCGGAACCUGAAUGAAAUAAUCAGGCUGAUACACAAAAGGAGCGUCCUCCCCGUUGGGUUGUUGGACGUGGCCGAGCAAAUGGAGCUAUCUGCUUUCCCUGACGACGCAUCUACGGAUGGGAUUCAUUUUGAUAGGCCCAGAGGGGUGGAGUUGUUGAAUGACGUCUUCCAAAGGCACAUAAACGCGUUGGAGACAGAGUUACUAGAGACGGCACAGGUCACGUUCGGACCACCGCCAAAUCCACCUUUCUUCAACUCGAGAGCUUUGUCCAGCCGCUUGGGGGCGAUGGCUGAUUCUAGAGACAGUUCGAGGAAUAGCCGAACCAAGUUGCCGGGCGCUGCGCCCAUCGAGGCUGAUGAGGCAACGUCAUCAACGCCCCAGGGAUCGAUAAUAUCCUCGGUGGUGGUGGCGGAGAAGAAAAAGCCGGAGAAACCAGUGGAGACCAAGAGGUUGAAAUAUGAGGAGAAGGUCAAGGAGCUGGACCUGGAGGACCUCGAGUGCAGGCUAGAGUUAGCGAAAGCUUUCGGUCUUGAGCAGGUGUCGCACGAAGACUUGGGCAGACUCCAGUGUGUGGACUGGCUGAAGGCUCACGAAACACACUUCUCGAGAGCAAAAAUAGCAGAGACGGCGGAUCUGACUGGGAUUCCCACAAAAUCGGUGAUGGGACCCAUUAACUAUAGACCUCUCAAGUCAUUAGGGAGUCCGGGAUUCGUAGUGGAGCCUCCCAAACACCGAACUAGCAUUGCCAGGAUUAGGGUGGCCACUCCAGCACAGUUGAGGGUGGUGGACAAGCUGAUGGAUCCCAGGGAGAUAGAAUUACCAGACGGCGCGCAUGAAGGCACGAAACUGGCCAACGAUCCCAGAUACGGUAAACCCUGCGGGAAUACGCAGCUGGCCAAGACCUUAGCUGUUUAUGACAGGGCGGACCCAGCCGCAGCGAGGGUGGUCAUCGUAGCGGGAUCGGACUUUGAGGGAACGUCUCCCAAUCUGUUUUGGUCAGAGCUUGCGGCGGCGUGGGCGGAUGUGUCCCACGCGUUGAGGGGCUUUCACGAGUUGGCAGACAUCCUCAUCGUGUUGGACGAGGUUCUCUUGCUGGAGAUAUCUAACUUUGCUAGGCAACUCAAGCUCAGUACGAUUAUAGGGGACGAUCAUCCAGUGGUGGCUCACCUGACGGCCAGUCUGUGGUUUCGAAACAUGGAGGUGACCAUAACAAGCUCCACCAGUAAAUCUAGAGGGCCGAGCAACGAGAGGAAGAACGUGGCCGCAUCAGAGAAGCAGCUGGAGAGUGGAUGGGACGUAGGCAACGAGAAAAUUCCAGAUCACUAUCGAGAUCUAGAUCUCGAUCUGGAGGGAGGGAAAGCAAGAAGCGGAGAAAAGAUCGCAAAAGUGAUCGAUCGAAACAUCGCCGGAAGGAAAGAUCACACCGGUAAACCUCAAGAUGGUUCGGGUGCAUCAAAUGGAAGCGAAUCUCUGAGUGUAGCUGAAACCAAUGCUCUGCGCGCAAAGUUGGGCUUGGCGCCCCUUGAAAUAAACAAACCCUCAACAGAUGAAAACUUGGGAACUUUACCCGAGGAUGGGCAAAAACUGCUUGAAGACGGCGUUGUUUGGGCCCCAGCGUCAAGUCUAACUCAUGAUAAAAAGACCGAAAAAAUGCGCGAAAAGUUGGCAGUUUUAAAAGAUAAACGAGAGAUUGAGAAGAAGCGACUGAAGAAUAUUGCGACACUAGGAGAGGACGACGAUGAAAUAGCAGCAAGUGAUUGGGUGGAAAAGUCUAGACGCCUGCAGGAAAAGAAGAUCAAAGAAGAAAAGGAAGAGAAACAAUUGAAUGCAUUAGGGGAUGAAUUUGGUCUGGAUUACUUGCUGGACGAAGAUUUGGAUAAAGUGUCAAAAAAGUCCAAGUAUAGCUCAACAAGUUUAACUGGCUUAAAAGUUGAACAUUCAGUUGAUAAAUUUCUAGAAGGACAAGAAACUAUUUUAACUUUGAAAGAUAAGAAAAUUUUGGAGGAGGACGAUGAAGAUGUGCUGAUCAAUUUGAACAUAAAAGACAGUGAGCGUCAUGCUAAAAAUGUAGAAUUAAAACGGAAAGGCAAAGACUAUCAAGCGUUCGACCAUGAAGAGUUUGAUGAAUUUGGUUUACCAAAAAUGCAGUCGCUGCUGGGGAAAUACGAUGAUGUCAUUGAUGGGGAGCACACAAGGACUUUCAAAAUAGGAGCGGACGGCGAAAUAGAUGACGAAGAAGCAAGAUACCGUCAGAUGGUCAGAAAGGAACUAGAAAGCAAAACAGUCUCCCUUGCAAUGCCCGAAGCCAAAUUAGCGCAUGAUUAUUACACACAAGAGGAAGCAGCUGCUAAAUUUACUAAACGGAAGCGCAAGACGAAGAAAGUUCGUAAUCGACUUACAGCUGAUGAUCUUUUGAAAGAAAUGACAGAGGAUUCAAGCAGAGAUCAUGGAAGCAGGUUAUCGAGGUCAAGAAAACAAGAAAUCGAGGACAGUGAAAUGUUAUCUGGCGACGAAUUAGUAGGUGACUGGAACGGGACUACGGCACCUAUCAAACUUGAGGACGAUGUUAAUAUAAAAUCGAGCAUCAGUAAAACAGGAGUAAUUGCUCAGAAUUUAGCAAAGAAGUCAGACGCAGCUUUGCGAAUUGCGGAAAAGCUCCGAAAUGCAAGCAAAAUUGAAGAACAAGAGGAUGACAAGCAGAAAAAGUUGGUUUUUGAUAACACCGCUGAAUUCUGCAGAGCAGUUUCGGAGUUAAAUAAGCAAGAGGUGAAGGUGAAAACGGAACCGGAGUCUAUGAAAUCUCAACUGGACCGAGAGCUGGAAGAGUUUGCCAUGAAAGAUGAAAGUAGUGACAAUGAAGAGAUGGAUGUUAAUAAAGGCUGGGACAAUAUAGAGCGAGAUAACCGAACUCUAGGCGAGCAAAUUGGGAGCAAAACGAAGAUCAAAUCAGCGCUGACUGAAGAGCCGGAAGUCAACGCAGGAGUGUUGGGAGCGUUGAUGUUGGCGAAGCAUAAAGGCUACCUGGAAAAGGAGGGCGGAACUCGGUCAAUGGGUCAACUAACCCAGGCUGGCAGUAAAAUUAACCCGUCAUACGCGAUUGAAGACAAAAGUGCAAAGCACAUCGAGGACAAAUGGAGUCGAAAAGAGGACCGAGAUCGAGUGUCCUUGAGAGAAUUCAGAGAUGACAAUUCAUAUAGACCGAAUUUCAAUUUGGAAUACUACGACUCGUCAGGCCGAAAACUGAAUGAGAAGGAAGCAUUUAGGGAUUUGUCCCAUAAAUUUCACGGAAAAGGCAGCGGGAAACUGAAAACGUUCAAACGCAUGAAAAAGAUAGAAGAAGAAAGAAAGUUGAAGGGUAUGUCGAGUGAUGAUACUCCUUUGCAUAUGGUUGCGACUAUGCGGGAAAAGCAGAAAUCAUUAGGAGCUGCACAUAUUGUGCUGAGUGGAAUGGGACAGAAUCUGGCUUCCAGUGGGAACGAUUUCAAGAAAUGAAGCCCAUCGAAAUUUUUUGACCGUCUUAUGUUGAUUGAUAACGUGUAAUUUCCACUCUAGGUACUGUAUUAUCGAUAUUGUAUGGUGAAAAUUAAUUUUUUAACAAUG